AUGACUGUUGAUCAUCUUCCCCUGAUCUGGAGCUGUCAGAAUCUGGAGAGCAUUCCCAUGAGCUUGACAGCAUGUUUCAAGGUAGGGCCACUUACUGAAGCAUUGCACGUGAGCUGUCUUGCUCAACUGGGAGAGGAGAAGGGGAUGGUCCAGCACAGUAUCGUUGGGAGGCCUGACCAAGACAAGGAGGCCCACAUUGUUUACCAAAAAUUGGAAACCCUCGGGAGACAUGUGGUGAGAAGGAGAAGGAUGUGGGGUGGGGUUGGGAACAUGCGAAGUGGAGUCAGGGAUGACCAGCUCAGGCCAAUCGUUGAUGUUGUUGAGGUUGGGGACAGCAAACUCGGCGAUGAACUUACGCCAGUCAUCAUCCCCCCUCUGGAGGUGGACCCCUUUGUGACAGUGGCAGCUGUGUCCUCCUCCAUCAAUCAUCUUCAGCCAUGGUCAACUUGCAUUGGGUCAACGUCCAGAGGGGGGGCUUGGGGGCUCUACAUGUGGUUAAGUGCCAGCCCGAUUCAUGGUGGUGUCCAUGAGAAGGACAAGAGGAGAAACACAGACAGCCAGUGCCAAUGUUAUGAAUGGAGAGCUGGUGCCAUCCGAUUUGCAUCGCCAGCAAGGAGUGAAGUGGGAAGAAUGCUUCCAUCCACUUCAUGGGGCUGGGGUGUAGUCAAGGAGGGCGAGACAGCACUGUUGCACCCAGUACUGGAUGCACUUGUGUCCAUGUACUCGCUGUGGACGACUGGGGAUCUCCACAGGAUUUGGAUAUGCUGGGAAGUUUUCAAUCCUGGGGGGAUGGGGAUGGUGGAAUGCCCUUGGAAGUAUGAUAUGAUCUCUGCAAGCUCAGUGGGGACCCAGCUGUCAUCCCAGAUCAGUGAUUCCAUAGCAGUAGAAAGUGUCGGUAGUGAUGGUUUUGGAACAAGUAUCAGCAGCGAUGAGCGAUGA